AUGCCGGCGCCAAAGUCGUGUUCCCAACUCUCGACACUCUUGUUAAUUCCAUGUCGCGCUCUUAAUACAAAAAAAAAAGGUGAUCACCAUCACAAUCAUCGCUUCUCAUCCAAAUUAUUAUUAAUGAAGUCAUCGAUGUUACCGGCGAAUUUUCAUAUUCAAAAAUCUCACACGCCUGAUUGGGAUAUUAAUGACACGAAUGUGCCAGCAAUAAAUGAAGCUGAAUUGAACGAAUUUCAAGAAUGGGCUGAUGGACAUUGUCGUUAUGUAUACAAUCCAAAUAAUGAAGAUGCUAAGAAACAUAUUUCAGGAUGGGCGAUGAGAAACACGAAUAAUCAUAACGUGAACAUCUUAAAGAAAAGUUGUCUGGGAGUUUUGGUUUGUUCUGUUGGUUGUACAUUGCCAAAUGGAACAAAAAUUAAUUUACGACCGGCGAUUUGUGACAAAGCAAGACGAAAACAAACUGGAAAGCCUUGUCCAAAUCGUAACUGUUCUGGAGGACAACUUGAAGUUUUAUCAUGCCGUGGUCAUUGCGGAUAUCCUGUCACUCACUUUUGGAGGCACACAAAGUAUGGAAUAUUUUUUCAAGCCAAAGGCAUUCACGAUCAUCCACGACCGGAACCUAAAUCUUCAGAAUCAAGACGAAGCUUAGGAAUUGGGAGACGAUCUAAAGGCUUAGCUGUUUUACUUGCAAGAGACGCAGCUGUUGGAAAUAAGUUAAUAUCACUUGCUAAUGGCAACAAACGCGAAAAACACUCAGGAUUCAAGAAUUGUGAAAUUCUUCCACCACCACUUAUUAAAGAUUCUAACAGUAAUUCUUGUCCAAUCUCAGAAACUCCACAUUUCUAUAAUUAUCCAAAUGAUAACAUUUACUGCAUGAGUAUGAAUGCACAGCAAAACAACCAGUUUAUGAGUUAUCAAAAUUAUCAUCAUGAUCAGUUGAUGCAUCAACAAAUGUUCGAUGAGAGUUCUCAUGUUCAGAAUUAUAGUUUUGUUCCCUAUCCAAAUAAUGAGACAUUUCCAACUGCAACAAUGCCAAUAAACGAACAAGUUCAUCAUCAAGAGAAUUUUCAAACGAUUCAAUCAAAUGAUCUAUACGAAUUUCUUCCUGAAGAAAUAUUCCAACUUGAUCAACCUAUAGUCAAAAGCGAAAGUCAGACAUUUGGUGUCAAUGGAGUCAUCACCAGCGCUCCCAGUUUAGAAACGUCACAAAUGCCAUUUGUCAACCUAAGCAACGAUUUAUCAAGCACAAGUCAUAGCUUUUUGGAUCUAAGUUCUGGUCAAAUACAAACCAAUAACAAAUAUCCUAUAGAAGGCUUCACUUUAUCUGAAAUUAACAACAAUUCCAACUAUCAAUCAAAUAUUAGUGUCAAUGAUACACAAAUACAAUGCAAAGUUAAUGAAGUUGCAGUUUAUAAUUAUCAAGCUCCUCCUGAGACUUCUUUUCGACCCAAUUGUGCAGUUGAAAACGAAAAAGUUCUCAAACGAAAACAUAAUGAUCUCGAACAUGUUGCGAAGAAGCAACAUUCGCUGCCGUUUCACCCAAAUUCCAAUCAACAAUUUUUUCCAAAACGUGAAAGUUCUUCAUUAUUUCAACAAAAUACAAAUUAUUAUUCUGCCGAUCUCUAUACAGCAAACUUUCCAUCAAAACCAGAUGUCUAUCGAAACAUGGAGAAAUACAACAAUUACAUUACGAACAAUUAA